GGCAAGGAAAUUUGCUCCAUCUCCAGCAGCAACCACUGCUCCUUUUGAUGUUGUGGUACGCCGUGCGCAUGCGCUCCACAUUAGAAUUACUGCACUGGCUAGAAUAAGUUGGAUCUCCUCUCCUCUUCCGCUGAAAACCCCUAAAUCAUAUCAAAAGCUAAAGGGAUGCUGAGAGUCCGGAAAAAAGGGGGCUUUGGGAUAUGGUCGUUGCCCUUAAUCAUAACGGUGGUGUGGGCACAGAGUGCCAAUGACCCCAGCAAUAUGUCACUGGUGAAAGAAACCGUGGAUCGGCUGCUGAAGGGCUACGACAUUCGACUGAGGCCGGAUUUCGGAGGUCCCCCUGUGGCCGUUGGCAUGAACAUAGACAUUGCCAGCAUAGAUAUGGUGUCCGAAGUCAAUAUGGACUAUACCUUGACAAUGUACUUUCAGCAAGCAUGGAGGGAUAAGAGGCUUUCGUAUAAUGUAAUACCUUUAAACCUUACCCUGGACAAUAGAGUAGCAGAUCAGCUUUGGGUUCCUGAUACCUACUUCCUGAAUGAUAAGAAGUCAUUUGUACAUGGUGUCACUGUGAAGAACAGGAUGAUUCGUUUACAUCCAGAUGGGACAGUUCUCUAUGGUCUCAGAAUUACAACAACAGCUGCUUGUAUGAUGGAUCUACGAAGAUACCCCCUAGAUGAACAAAACUGCACCCUGGAAAUUGAGAGCUAUGGCUAUACAACAGAUGAUAUUGAAUUUUACUGGCGUGGGGAAGAUAAUGCAGUUACAGGAGUGAGAAACAUUGAACUGCCUCAGUUCUCCAUUGUAGAGUACAAACUUAUCUCCAAGAAAGUUGUUUUCUCAACAGGUUCCUACCCAAGACUGUCGCUCAGCUUUAAACUUAAGAGAAACAUUGGGUACUUCAUUCUGCAGACCUACAUGCCCUCCAUUCUGAUCACAAUCCUUUCUUGGGUUUCAUUCUGGAUUAACUAUGAUGCUUCAGCUGCAAGAGUGGCUUUAGGGAUCACAACGGUUCUAACAAUGACAACCAUCAACACACAUCUCCGAGAGACACUACCCAAAAUUCCUUAUGUGAAAGCUAUUGACAUGUACCUAAUGGGAUGCUUUGUCUUCGUGUUCAUGGCCCUACUGGAGUAUGCCUUGGUCAACUACAUAUUCUUUGGCAGGGGACCACAACGUCAGAAGAAAGCAGCAGAAAGAGCUGCCAGUGCAAACAAUGAGAAGUUGCGAAUGGAUGUCAAUAAGAUCUUUUAUAAAGAUAUAAAACAAAAUGGGACCGAAUUGCGAUCCCUGGAUCCCACUGGAAAUCUCUCCCCAACUAGAUGGACUGCCACUUACGAUUACUCUCUUAAUACGGACAGAAGAAUAAUUGGCACAUAUCAUUGUCCAGAAAUGUAUUCAACAAAGAUGGAUCCUCACGAAAACAUUCUGUUGAGCACACUUGAAAUUAAAAACGAGAUGGCUGCCUCUGAAGCGGUUAUAGGUCUUGGAGACCCGAGAAGCACCAUGCUGGCUUAUGAUACCUCAAGUAUCCAGUAUCGGAAGGCUGGCUUACCAAGACACAGCUUUGGCCGUAACGCCCUGGAGCGGCACGUGGCACAAAAGAAAAGCCGGCUACGGAGACGGGCUUCUCAGUUGAAAAUAAACAUCCCUGACUUGACUGAUGUGAAUGCCAUAGAUCGAUGGUCACGCAUAUUCUUCCCUGUUGUUUUUUCCUUCUUCAAUAUCGUCUAUUGGCUUUAUUAUGUGAACUAAAAACAAAAGCCACACAGAUACCAAGAACUGAAUUUCUCUUCAAAACCGGUUGUACAGCCAAAUGUGGGACCUAGGGAG